CUCACUCGACCCACCGCGCCCUGGGCGCACGGCGGGUCCCCGGUGGCUGCAGCGACCAGCAGCGACCAGCCACCCGCGGAUGCGCAACGCGUGCCACGAGUCGUCCCCGCACAGCGGCUGCCGGGCCGUCGGGGUGCCUGGACGCCAGGGGCACCAGGCUGCCCAAAUGCGGGCGCCACUCUGCCUGCUGCUGCUCGUCGCCCACACGGUGGAUAUGCUCUCCCUGCACCGGAGGAAGAAGCAAGCAGGCACUGGUCUGGGGGGCAACUGCACGGGCUGUGUCAUAUGCUCUGAGGAGAAUGGCUGUUCCACCUGCCAGCAGAGGCUCUUCCUGUUCAUCCGCCGGGAAGGUAUCCGCCAGUAUGGCAAGUGUGUGCACGACUGUCCCCUCGGCUUCUUUGGAAUCCGCGGCCAGGAGGCCAACAGGUGCAAGAAAUGUGGGGCCACAUGCGAGAGCUGUUUCAGCCAGGACUUCUGUAUCCGGUGCAAACGGCGGUUUCAUCUAUACAAAGGGAAGUGCCUGCCCACCUGUCCUCCAGGCACCUUGACCCACCAGAGUACCCAGGAAUGCCAGGAGGAGUGUGAGCCAAGCCCAUGGGGCGGCUGGAGUCCCUGCAUACACAAUGGGAAGACCUGUGGCUCAGGCUGGGGCCUGGAGACCCGGGUGCGGGAGGCUGGCCCAGCCAAGCAGGAGGAGACAGCCAAAUGCCGAGUGUUAUCUGAGUCAAGGAAAUGUCCUAUAAAGAGGCUCUGCCCAGGAGAGAGAAACCCCAGGCAGAAGAGCAGGAAGGAUCGACGCCAGCGCAAGGACAGGAAGUUGGCUCGCAGGCCGCAGUAGCCUGGCUCACAGCAACCAUCUCCAGCUCCAUCAUGUGGCCG